GCUCUGUCUCGAUUCUCGAUAAAGCGUAAAGAGUUUUAGAAAGAAAAUUGGCAACCAAGCCCCGUUCUGUCUAGUCUAGCCACUUUCCAUUCCUUUCCGAAGGCGGGAAAAGGUUCAGGUGUUGUGGUUCAUGAAUUUCCACCAAUUUUAAUUUUAGUUGAAAUUAUAAAAAUGUCGAAACCAUUUACGUGGGGAAUGAAAAGCCCGAUUACACCAACAAAUUUCAUAGGAAUGCGACCUUCUGAAUCUGAUAAAGUUUUUGAAAAUAUGGUGCCUGUACAAAUGCAAUUGUCUGCAACAGAAGAGAGAAAGCAUUUCCUGAGACUGUCUGUGGAGUUGAUUUCAUCUGGAAUGUCUUCCACCUCCUUUCGCAAGGAUUUACAAAUUGAAAUAACUGAUGAAGAUGAUCCAUACAUUUUCUACAGCCUCCGAAUGUCAGAAGAGGAUUUUUCUGUGUUGAAAUCACAGCAAGGACUCUUAAUUGAUUUCUCAUCCUUCCCAGCCAAAUUUGUUCAACUAGUUGAACGCUGUGUAACAGAACAUCAGACAGAAUCUCCAAAAUUUCUCAUUCUUAUACGGUAUCAAAAUGAGAUGUCAAAACCAUGUUUUGUUUUCGAAAUUGUGGAGACCAAUCCAUUCAAACAUUUAUGUCACCUUUCUCUAAGACUGUCUGAAGGAGGAGAAACACAAAUAAAGAAGCACCUCUCACUUAAACUUAGGCAAUUAAAGGAAGAGCAAGAGAGCAACCUUCAAACUCUCAAAGGCUUGGAACAACAAAUUGACAUUGAAAGAAAGAAUAAUGCACAGAAAACAGCUGAACUAGAGCUACUGAAGUGUGACUUUCAGUCAAAACUACAAGACAUGCAACAAUUACUUAAAAUAGAAUACCAAACAGAGAAGCAAGUCCUUCUUCAGACUAAACUGGACCUUGAACAGCAACUUAAACAGCACCAGAUGAAUGCUGGAGAAAAAGAGAAAAAUUUUUUACAGCAAAUAAAAGACCUGAAAGAGAAAAAUUCACAGUGUGACAAUCAUGUCAAAGAUACAGCUUCUCGAUUAGUCAAAGCUGAAGAGGAAUGUAAUCGUUUACAACAAGAAUUGACGUCAGCUCGUCGCCGUGGAGCUAGUCUAGAUGCAGACUUUCACAGCAAGGAAAGAACAGUGAAUCAACUACGAACAAAAGUAGCUGUGCUGGAACAAGAACUAAAGGAUAAGGAUAUACUACUUGCUAAACAGCAGGAUCUUUUGACCUCAGCACAAGAACAAAAGGUUCGUUUGACCAGUAUCGUUGAAGAGAAGGAUAGUGUUAUUUCUCGGCGCGAAAGCGCAGUAAAGACCAUGACUGAAGAACUCAUUAAAGCAAAUGAUAUAAUAAGGAAAUUGCAAAACGAUAUUCGGAUGUCAAAUCAGAAGUUGAAAACACGCACUGAAGUCGCUACAGAACAAGAAAAAAUACUACAACAACGAGAAAACGAAAUCGCUCGUUUUCGCGCUGAAUUGAACAAACAAGCCAAAAUAAACGAUGAAGUUGCAGAAUUGAGAAGUAAAAAUGAAGAAAAAGAGUCUACUAUCAAGAACAAUGAACAGAUUAUAUCCUAUCUCAACAAACAACUGAACGACCUUCAGCUAAGAUCAGAUAAUACAACCAGGAAUCCGCAGUGGUUUUCAACGCCAAACGACGGAAACGGCGUUAGCCCUAAAAUUCCCAUGUCAACAAUAAGGGCUUCUCCAUUGCAGUUGGGUCAGACCCUUGAAAAUAGGGAAAAUGACGAGCCGCUAGAUCCGAAAUAUUUUCAACCUAAAUCAUAUGGUGGACUCGUACGGAAAGAAAAAUCUACAGAAAGAAACCCCCCUAAUUCAAAGCCCUCGGCUUAUUUCAAAAAAUAAUUGCUUGAUGGAGUCGCGCACAUGUUCGACGAAUGUACCGUAAGACAUGUUUUGUUCGUUUAAAUCUAAUAAAUUCUUUAAUAGUAUAAAAGAAAAUUU